CUCAAUGACAUCAGCAUCUUUGUUGACUCGCCGGGCGCAGCAAGUCGAGCUAAGCAACUAGCAUCUGAGUCUGUCUGCAGGGUUUAUCAUCACACAGGACGUGCAGUUACACUGUGUGGUUAAGUAUCUGAUCAGAAAUAUGUCGGCAAACAUGCCUGGAGAAGACCGCACGGACGCAAAGAGCGGCGAUGGACUGCAGUCAGAGUUGUCUUUGUCUGCUUCUGGCUCCAUGGAGGUGGAUGCCAAGCCCAGCGGCCACAGCAGCUUCAGAUACAGCCUGAGCUUCCCCAGCAUCGGCCAGUGCAUCAUCAUCAACAACAAGAACUUUGACAGAAGAACAGGCAUGAAUCAACGAAACGGUACAGAUGUAGACGCAGCAAACGCGGUGAAAGUGUUCGGGAAGUUGGGCUAUAAAGUGAAGAUUUACAACGACCAGUCAGUCGAGCAGAUGAAACAGGUUUUAAUUUCUGCGUCAAAGGACGAUCACAGCUGCUACGCCUCAUUCGUCUGCGUUCUGUUGAGUCACGGAGACGAGGGUGUGUUCUUCGGUACGGACGGCUCGGUAGAGCUCAAGUAUCUGACAUCACUUUUUCGAGGCGAUCGCUGCAAAUCACUGGUGGGAAAGCCCAAACUCUUCUUCAUCCAGGCUUGCAGAGGCACUGAUCUGGAUGGAGGCAUUGAAGCCGACAGUGGAGAUGAUUGCACUACCAAGAUCCCUGUGGAAGCUGACUUCCUCUAUGCCUUUUCCACAGCCCCAGGCUACUACUCAUGGAGGAACACUAUGACUGGAUCCUGGUUCAUGCAGUCACUGUGUGACAUGAUCAGCAAAUAUGGAAAUGAAUUGGAGCUCCUGCACAUCAUGACUCGAGUGAACCACAAGGUGGCAGUAGAGUUUGAGUCGGUCUCCAAUUCACCAGGCUUCGAUGCAAAGAAACAGAUCCCAUGCAUUGUGUCAAUGCUGACCAAAGAGAUGUAUUUUUCUCCUUAAUGCCGUCUUCAGCCUUCACCCGCAGAAGAAAGGCUGAGGAUGUGUAUGGGGAAUUAUUUUAGUUUACAGCGUCUGACUGAAUAUCUCAGCUGACAUCUUUCAGGGAGAGUAGAUGUGAUGCAAAGUCAAAUUUCACAAGCUUGGCAUUAUAAGGUUCCUUCUGUGUGGAGUACAGUUCGGAGAUAUAAAGGCAUUAAUUAAAAAUUGUAUCCCUGUAGGAAACGGUUUUGUAUUCAAUUUUAAACAUUUAACCUAAAAUGGUAUUUGUUUGUGUCGAUGUAAAAGAAAAGCAUAAAAUAACAUUGAAAAAUCAUGAAUCUAAAGAUAACAUGUAAUCAACCUUGUAAUUCCAAGCUCCCAGUUUUCUACCAGUGAAUGCCUCUCUUCUGUUUACACGUAACACAUUUCAGGGAAACAUAUCGGGAGCCAGUUUGUUGGGAAGUUUGACCUUCUAUAUUUGUUUAAUAAUCAUGAAACCAUAGAUGGUCUUUCUGCAUCAGCAUUUUUAUGAGUCAGCAGUUUAUUAUAAGUUGAGUGUCUGUGAAGGGAUCAUGUGUCAUUUCUGUGCCUGUUUUUUUUCUUUUCUUUACAUCCGUGUUAUCUUUGUUCACUAUUGAGUCAGUGUAGUGACUAAUAACAUGAAGGAUGCACAAACAAAAAUAAUCAAUCAUUUACUGAAAUAUUACCUGAUGACCUCAGGAGGUAAAGUAAAGGAUAAUGUUGUGUAGCAAAUCCAGGAACACCCAUUAAGCUAUCUUGUGUUCUGUUGGUUUUAAUGUUUUCCAUUUUCUAAAAAUGGAUUUCUUUGAAUGAACGGUUGCCUGCGAAUUUCCUCAUAUGAGUCUGUGUCAGGCUUCAUAGCAUGCAUGAGUAAUGACAGCCCUCUUGCUUUUAUUUGAGGCACAUUUCCAUACUUGAACACAAGUUUACAUUUUAUAUCAGGCAGUAGCUCAUGUAUUUCUUGUGGGUUUUUAAAUAUAAAACGGCAAAUAGGACGCCUUUUCACUUUUACUUUUUCACUUAGCUUUAAUAUUUCUCCUUAAAACAUUUCCAAUGGACUGUUGUGGAACUGUGAGUCAAACUUUUACAUGUAACUAUCAGCAUUGAGUGAUAUAUUACAGACAAAGCACAAUUUGAUUGUGUACUGAUCCAGUUGCUGAGUAAAUAUUUCAAUAUUUACAGCAAACUAGCUGAAAUCCCUUUAACUGUUAAAACAUUUCACUGUUUGACAAUCCAGUUUGUAUGUCAUGUCAAUAUACUACACUUUGAGGCUUUUUUUAUCAUCACUAUUUUGUAAGCAGUGGUACUGUGAGGUUGGUGUAAUGUUUCUCCUGAUAAAUAAAAAACACUUUUCUUCA